UCUAUUCUCAGUAAACCAGGUUGGUGUUUAACUAGAAGAAGGGUUUGGAAAUAUUCUCCGACUGUUUCUUUGAAAGACAACAAUCUGCGUAUAUGCCAUUGGCUAUCUUCCAUUCUGACAUUACUUUUACAGCGUCUGUGGAUAUUUUGUCCUAGUCUCCAAUCGUAGGCUUUGGAUAAUAUAUUUAUUUUGCCAAAAUGCGUCUGAUCCAGAACAUGUCUACCAUUGCGGAGUACCCGAGCGCCGAGUGCCACUCCAACCGGCUCAUCAAGAUCGCAGUCAUCGGCGGCAGUGGAGUGGGCAAAACCGCGUUGGUGGUUCGUUUCCUCACUAAGCGGUUUAUUGGUGACUACGAGAGAAACGUUGGCAACCUGUACAACAGAGAGGUGCAGAUAGACGGAGAACAAGUGGCCAUUCAAGUUCAGGACACACCUGGAGUUGAGGUGAACACUAAUGGACUGAGCUGCACUGACCAGGUAUCUCGCUUCAUUCAGUGGGCGGAUGCUGUAGUUAUGGUGUAUUCCGUUACCGACUGCCGAAGCUUUGAUCUCAUUGGUCAGCUCCACCAGCUUGUUACCCGCACACAUACGGAUCGGUCCUUGCCAAUCAUCCUGGUGGCCAAUAAAGCUGAUCUCCUCCACAUAAGGCAUGUAGAUGCUCAAGAAGGUCCUCUUUUGGCUUCAGCACUGGGUUGCUCCUUCUACGAGGUAUCCGCCAGUGAGGACUACAGCCAGGUCCACGGUGCCUUCCACAGACUGUGCGUAGAUCUGGCCAAGCAGCAGCCUCAGACCCCUGUCAAUGCAGCUACAUCUGGAACAGAGAAGAAAAGAUCUCCCCUCAUCCCUCGGCCCAAAUCCCCCAACAUGCAGGACCUGAAGAGGCGCCUCAAACAGGCGCUCUCUGCCAAGGUCCGGACUGUCACUUCAGUGUGAAGAGGGUUCGAAUACCAGCAGAAGUGGAAGAAAGUACAGGAUUAAGAGAGAGGAAACUCUAAGAAGAGGAGAAGAUUUAUCUGAAUGUAUAAGUCUCGCUCUUUGAAAACUCCUGAGAUCUGUUGAUGAUCAGCAGACCGGUUCCAAACAGAGGACCCCGAAACUAGACCUCUGAUUGCGUCUUGGCUGCUAAAAAACAAACAGGCAGCGUUUGGUGACGUCUUACAUUUUCACUUGACCGUCCUAGUGCUGGUGGACACUUGUGCUGCUGUCACUUAUAUCCAUGUGUGGACACACAGCAGGAUUCUGGGAGACGUGGUCAUAGCGCCUUAAAGAGGGACAGUGCAAAGACAGAAUGACUGAGUGGAAGUGAUGGAAACACAUCAGAAACUAUUAUUAGCACUCUGCCUUACCUGUGAACUUUUAAAGACAUGUUCUCUUGGCAACAGAAACGGUGGAGGCCACAAAACACUAUUUUAAGAAUUGCUUUUCUGAAAAGCAUGGGAGAGAUUGAGUUUUUUUUUUUAUUCCUUCUUGUGGUCGAGGCUUUUACGGUCUGAAUGCAGGCAUUGUUAAUGGACAAGGCACUCAAGCUAAGCGUAUCAAAAGAGUGUGUGUCUGUGUAUCUUUUACAGUCCCACUCUUGUGUGCAAGGCCAGAAUAUUUCUCCUGGUUUUGUGUAACUGUGCAUUGUGCCACUUUUCUAUAGUGGAGUAGAAGAGAUUUUUCUUGUGUAAUGCACUUUAAAAAAAGCUAAAGGGCUAAAGCUCAGAGUUAUUUAUUUGUGUUAUUUGAUUGUAAUUGGAAAUAAAAAGUUGUUUUUACAAAAAUA